CCUACAGCUUGCUUAGGUAAAAGCAACAGCCCACGUUGUAGUCUCUUGCUCACAGUCACACUCACUCAAUCUCUCUCUCUCUCUCUCUUUCUCUCUCUACACUGUUUCUUUCCUCUCUAACUUUUCUUGGAAACUCCCCAUUGUCUCUCUGCGGUAACCUUUUUCUCCCCUUCCAUUUAGUAUUUUCCUCUGUAUACGAGAAAGUGAAAGUAAACUGGGAAAAGAAACAGUCGUCAACUUCAUAUUUCGGGUUCAAGCUUAUUAUUUUCAGAUCAUCAUAACAUAAAAGGCUUGCUUUGGGGUCUUGAAUUGGUUCGGGAACACUUUUGUGUGGAUAAAAAGGGGAUAAGAUCGUGGAAGUUUAUACUUUUUAAGGCAAUUCUACUUUGUAACUCUGCUUCUUAUAUCAGUUUCUGAUCCAGGGAUGCUAGCCUGCAUAAACCCGAGAUGAUUUAACGCCCAGUUAUUUAUGCAUUCAUGUGGGUAAAGAGUUGAGUGGGAUUUAUUUGAUAAAUUCGUUCUUGAAGAAGAUGGAGUGGAACGCAAAGUGGGACUGGGAAAGCCUAGCUAUGUAUAGUUCAAAAGCCUGUGAAAAUCCGAAGAAACUACAAUUGACGGACUGGGGGAUUGUAGAGGAGGGCGAAUUAGGCGAUGGAUCGUUCAAUUUAUCGGGGGGAGGCGGGGGUUAUGGCUCCGAUGUGGGCCAAGGCUCUUCGGCUAAGAGCACGAUAUCGGCCUCCACUAACUCCUCGCCCAAGGAUGGGAUGAAAGACUCCAAUUUCACUUUUGAGGGAGGUUAUCCCGGGGAUUUUGGGAAGAAACCGAAACAGUGCAGACCCGAGGUCUCCGAAAACUCCCCGCCUCAGGAUACCUCGGCUGGCUCGGUAGAAGCGUGGAUUGGUCUGAAGCUCGGUAAGAGGACAUAUUUCGAGAACAACAACUGUGCUGGAAACGGCACUAAGGAUUCGUCAAUUUCCACGGCUCCAAUGCCGUCUGGCCCCACAGCAAAGACACGAAAACCGUCUAGUCAGACCGCAACCAUUCCCCGCUGCCAAGUUGAAGGCUGCAACGUUGAUCUCUCUUCGGCGAAAGAGUAUCACCGGAAGCAUAGAGUUUGCGAAAGUCAUUCCAAAUACCCAAAAGUCAUCGUAGGAGGCCUAGAACGUCGGUUUUGCCAACAAUGUAGCAGGUUCCAUAGCUUGUCCGAAUUCGACGAAAAGAAGCGUAGCUGUCGCCGUAGACUUUCCGAUCACAAUGCGAGGCGCCGCAAGCCGCAUCAGGAUACCUUCCAGUUUAAUUCAGCGAGGCUGUCUUCAUCCUUUUAUGAUGGUGAUAGGCAACAAAUAAACUUUGUGCUGAACAAUGCCCCGCUUUUUCACCCUAAAACUGCUGCAAAUUUAGCCUGGGAAAACGCGUAUCCCUCCAAGUUCACGAUUACGAGAGGGUUUUCUUCGGAGCCUGAGAAAACCGGGAGUACGAACAAGCAACCAUACAUGUCGGGGAUUCAGCCGCCAAGUUCAAUCAGUAAGCACGGUAAUACAUUCUUAGCAUCCAAGGGCACCACACCCGAAAGCUUCACACAAGGUGUUAAGGAAUCGGUGUUCCCUUCAAAUACAAGCACGACACAGGAGUUUCCUCGUGCUCUCUCUCUUCUGUCAACGUCUUCCUGGGGUUCAUGUGAACAUAAUUCCACUUCACUCGAUCAUCAUCACCCUACACACGCGAAUCAGAACGGCUUACCCGAGCCAGUGAUGCACGCACUCCCUCUCGGCCUUCCACUUCCCCCGUCGGAGUACUUGCAAGCGGAACAACACCCAGCCGCCAAUUUCCGGGGCCAUUUCUUGGCCUCGAAUACUAAUAGUGGCGGCACUCACCUUCUGGAUGUCCCGCUUCUCAAAGAUUCCGACUUUUAUCUCAAUGCAUUCAACUGACACUGAAAAAUCUUUCAAUGCCAUUUUUUUUUUCCCUCGUUUUUUAGAUUCACCAGUGAUGUUGUAAACUGGUUGUGACAGCGGUGGAAAUUACUGUGAACGGCUGUCGUUUUAGCCUCUGAACAUGUGGAUUCUCUGGUUUGAAGUUUGCUAAUGCAUGGCUUCUAAAUUACUCAUAGUGAAAUAGUUGUUCAUUAUUAUUAUAAUGUAGGGAUGGAUCUAUAUAGUAGUUGAUAUUUUUGGUUUUUUGUUA